AUGGUUGCACCUAUGAACACCAACGACUCAUUUCUAAAUGCGGAGAUGGAUUUUGGUUUGAAUAUGCUCCGACAAUCACCUAUCACAGAACAGCUGGUCGUCUCCCCAAUUUCUAUCUUACUCGCUCUUGCUAUGGUACAGGCUGGUGCAAGAGGGAAGACAAAGACAGAAAUCAACCAAGUUAUUUCAAAUGACACCUUUUCUCUCAUGAUUAACGCUAUUUAUUUCACUGCUAAAUGGUGGAACGCGUUCGACAGGAGCUCAUCCAGAAAUGGCACUUUUCACAGCUCCGCAAACAAGCAAAAGCAAAUAGAAUAUAUGAACGAGAAGGAAGUGAAUCGGUACUACGUAGAGGAUGAAGAUAUGCAAGCGCUCUCAUUACCUUAUCUGGACACAUCCUACGCUUUCAAUAUUCUUCUUCCCAGAAAACGGUUUGCUUUAGACGAACUCAGAAUGAAACUAAACGGCGCUGCCAUAAGAAGGGUCCUCUCGCAGCUAAAGUCGACGUACAUAUCAAUCUCUAUCCCAAGAAUGAAGAUUGAAACUACUUUGAAACUAAAGGAAGCGUUAAUGGCAAUAGGAGUCACAGAAAUGUUUUCUGACAGUGCUGAUUUACCAGGAAUCACAAGGUCAUCGCCAUUGAAGGUUUCGAGUGCUGUGCACAAAACUCUCAUUGAGGUUGAUGAGGAAGGAACUACAGCAGCUACAGCUACAUUCUCCGAAAUGAUCCUUGUUUCAGCUGAUUUUCUCGGCAAUCGUCAGUUCCUCAAAAUGUCUGAUACAACUGAAAGGAUGCUCCUGACUGCACAGACGGAUUUCGGACUCGGCAUGCUUCGACACGCCUCAGCCGAUGAGCCCGUCGUUGUAUCGCCUCUUUCAGUGACUUUCGCACUCGCCAUGGUCCAGGCUGGUGCAAAGGGAAAUACCAGAGAACAGAUCAUUGAAAUAAUAUCACGAUCUGCGUCCGAUGAACAAACCCUUGACUAUUAUUCAGAACUAUCGGAAUCCGUUCUAAAAGCCACUGAUGGAGUGCAAUGUAGGAUAGCAAAUGGAUUCUACUUAGACAACAAAUUUGAAAUCGAGAAGGACUACGAGGAUACGGUCGCUAAGAAGUACUCGGCGAAAGUGGAACGUCACGAUUUUAGCAAAGCAGAUGAGACUGCGAAGAUUAUCGACGAGUUUGUGAGCACAACAACGGAGGGCAAAAUCCACGAUAUUGUGAACGCAGAUACUGUUAGAGAUGCUUUUUCAUUAAUCGUCAAUGCUAUCUACUUCACUGCCGAGUGGGUUCAUAAAUUUGAUGGUAGUGGUAACACAAAACAAAUGUUCUUCAGUGCAGAAGACAAGCAGAGGGAGAUGGAAUUCAUGAACGAUUUUGAAGAACACAGAUACUACGCUGAGGAUGAAGACAUUCAACUGUUGUCGUUGCAGUACAAAGACACUGCAUAUGCGUUCAAUAUUUUCCUGCCAAAAAAGAGAUUUGGACUUGGCGAACUGCUAAAGACUAUUGACGGAGCAAAAAUUCAGGAGAUGUUAUCCAAAUUGGAGAAUACCUAUAUCUCGUUGACCAUCCCAAAAAUGAAGAUAGAAACCGAUUUUAAACUGAAAGAAGCGCUAAUGCAGAUGGGCGUCACCGAGAUGUUCAGCGACAAGGCUGACUUGAGCGGUAUCACCACGUCAACACCUCUGAAGAUCUCCGAGGCAGCACAUAAGGCUAUGAUUGAGGUUGACGAAGAUGGAACUACUGCAGCUGCGACUACAAUCUUUAAGGUCUGCCCUAUGUCUUUGACGCUUGAACAACCAAAACAAUUCAUAGCAGACCAUCCAUUUAUUUUCGUUCUUACCAAAAACAAUAAUCCGCUAUUUAUGGGACAGCUUGUUUGA